CCUUCAUCGCAGUAUGUUUUCGUCACGUCUGUAGCGGCUCGCUGCCUGCUAUAUAAAACGCAUUUACCUUCGGCGUAUUCACGUUCAGUGCGAUCUCAAGCGAGGCCGAUACAAACUUCGACACUAAACUCAACACGUUAUUCCACACUGAAUACAGGUCGAGCAGCCUGCAGUUCCAGCAAGACCGCAAGGCAAAUGCAAUGAAAGGGACAGAAGAGACUACGGCAAUAUUUAUCGCCGCCAUCUUCGCUGUUCUGACGGUUUCAUGCUCGCCUUCUUCUUACAACCAAUGUCCAGCUUGCCUGUGGUUACCGGAAUACCGGCCACCUUCGGCGCUACGACAGAAUGCUCGCAACGCACGCUGCUUCGAUGGCUCUCGGUCGACGGCCAAGCGGCCAGCGGAGAGGUCUCGCGCGGGAGGAGGCGUGCUCCAACAACCGGAAGGCGACGAUGUGACGUCGCAUCGUGACGCAGGGCCAGUGAAGGCGGAGCUUAGCGCCGCUCGCUCGGCGAGCGAGUUGAGGAGGAAAGGCAUGGCUAGGGAGGAGGACCACCAGCUCGUAUCGGACGCUGCGAUUAGCGGCGCCAUCUCUUCACUGAAGAACAUCUACUUCACUGAGGAAUUCGAGCUUGCGCAAUGGCAGUGGAGCCCUUUCGCCCUUAAUUUAACAUCAUUAUACUUCUCCGUAGAGGGCACUUUCGAGCCUUUUACGCGAUACUGCAAAGGAGUAGACGCCAUGGUGGAUGCGGAACUUGAGUUUAACUGGGUCGUCAAUGCAGAAUGCACUAUUGGAGAUCAGGAAGACUUCCUGGGAGCUGCUCGUGUGUAUUUCAACCAAGGGGUAGCCAAGGUCCAGUUCAAGUUGAACUCAUCCUCAGAAAAUGAAACUUUCACGUUGCGCCCAGCAGCAGUGCGUCCCACGAGGCAAGGGACUAUUUCAACCAGAUUCUACGCCAUGGAGGCGAGAUAUUACAUGGAAUCUGUGCAUAUUCUGGUGAACCAGUUGGUUAAGCUCUAUGCAAAUGAUAUACUUAGCUGGAUGUCGGAGCGUUUUGUUAUUGAGAACGUUUUAGAGUGGGAAAUGAAUAAAAUGGCGCCCUUUUACCUAGGAUUCUAGAGCAGUUAUCCAUAAAGUGCACAAAGGCACAGUACCCAAAUAACAAAACAUCUCGUUAAAAACUUUACUAGCUGCAUUAUAUAAGUGUGAUUCAUUUAUUUCCAGUCAUGUGCAAGCAAACAUGUUCCCAGGGCACGUGUACAAAUCUAAAUUAGUAACUGCAACGUUCUCCUGAGGGUCGUGCUUCAAUAAUCUCCAAAAAAGUUAAAGUUUGGCUUCUCGAACACAUUUCUGCGGGCACUGAGGUUGAAUUCAGGCGAGCCUGCUGUAAAAGUCCUGGCAUCUAUGUCUGAAUGCGUUACGCUGAUCAUUCUAAAGCAUUGGUCCUCGUGCAAAUGCCUAUUUGUCUUAUUUUAUGCGCUCGCGAUUUUUAUAUUUCAAUAAAUUUAGAAAAUCUUC